GUCUAUCACAAGUGUCCUGCUACAACGAUGGCGAGUUAUCCAACAGAUAAGACAAGCGAAAGCGACAGCGACAGCAGCAACAUCAACAAUGCGAAGAACAAAGAGGCUGAAACAAGAGACAAAAAUAAUGAGACAGAGACCUGCACAGACAGCACAGACCAGGACGCUCAAGUUAAAGAUUUCCAGUCAGCGGGGGCUCAAUUUGAAAAUUCCAGUGGUGAUUCGUCUGGGAAUACGGGGGUAGACAGAGUGAAGAAAAAAGGAGAUGAUGGCCAAUCUGGGGAUACUGAACAUGUGCAUACAGAUAAAGAUGAUUUGAUGCCAACACAACAAACCUGCUCUUCUGGAUUUCAACAAAACGAGCAAGAUCAGAUCGUCAGACACACAGGGAAGACCACCAAUGUCUCUCACAUGCCGAAACCGAUUUCCAGUGGCUCUCAUACCGAAAAACUGUCUUCCACUAAACCUAACACUCUGAAAACAGCAGAUGAAGGGAAAGACCGUGAACCUGAUAUUAAAGAAAAAGAUUCACAGUCAGUGGGGGCUCAAUUUGACAAUUCCAGUGGAGAUGAUACCCAAUCUAGUGAUUCUAUAAAUGUGGAUGUUGGUUCAUCUGCUGAUUCUGGUGAAAAGAACGUCACUUGUCCUAAAGAAGAGACAACAAAACUGAUUCCUAUUGCUUCUCAGACGGAAACUAAAACUGAGAAACAAGUGAACAAAAAGAGUCCCAGUAAAUCUGGUGUUAGUUCAUCUGGUGAUUCUCGACAAGUUAAUGUACAUGAUGAGGGAGAUCUCAGUCUCAAAGAGACGAGGAAACCGAUUUCCAGUGGUCCUCAUAUCAAAAAACAGCCUUACUCUAAAUCUGAAACUCUGACAACAACAGAUGAAGGGAGUGACAGGAAGCCUGAGAUGAAAGAAGAAGAAUUACCUCAACACUCCCCCUAUUCUGGACUUCCACAACAAAGACCACCACAGAUCAGAGAAGGAACGGAUAAUAAUCUGCCAUGGAUUGGAAUUGUUGUCGUCCUUGUAUCUGUGGUUUGUGGUUAUUAUCUGCACUUUUCUGGCUCGACACCAAACAAAAUACCAAAACAGCUUGAUAUGGUGGAAGUGUUCAAUCAGGAAAUGGAAAAACUUCAGGCCAGCUUCCCUAGUCAGCGUCCAGAGCUCUGGAAGAGAAGUCUUAUACACAUCAGACGCCACUUAAAGACUGAGCAUCCCACUGAACCCGUCAGCCUUAUUCUGACCUCUGGCCAUAGAGCCGAAAAGACGCUUGGUUGUCUGGCUCAGUGUUUAGCUCAAGCUUUUUCCACUACACGAAACUCUACAUUUUUGAGCAUUGACGGAAAAGCCAAAACAUCACUAGACAGCGAUCAGGUCAAGCUGGACAUCGACAGUGAGUUAACUAAAGCGUUUGAGAGUGAAAAGUUUGCAGCAGUUAUCCACCGUUUCGAGGAGCUUCCUCCUGGAUCCACGCUCAUCUUCUACCGCUACUGUGACCAUGAAAAUGCUGCUUAUAAAAAUGUCUUCCUGGCUUUUACUGUAAUGCUCGAUGCUGAAGCGGAAGUGCUAUCCAAUAUCAAUCUUGGAAGAAUCGAGGAAAUGGUUCAAGAUCAUGUAAAACAGAAGUUUGUCUCCUCUGACAAGUCAGCGGUGUUUAAUCAAAUGGAUGUGGACAAACUGAGCGGACUGUGGAGCAGAAUUUCACAUCUCAUCUUGCCGGUGGUCGCAGAAAAGAGAAUUGAGCAACAGGGCUGUGGAGCCUGUGAUAAACCUUUCUGAAAUCAGCUAGAUUUUUAUUUUUUGCACAAAUUAAUACUUCAGACCAGACUCAAGCAUUGCCGCUGAAAAUAAAGGUCUAUGGUUGUCUGGUAACUCUGUGGAUGAUGGGCCUCACUUAAAAACAUUUCAGUUUAAUUAUAAAUUAGCUUCAAUAGAAGACUUUAAUGAAGUUUUCCCAUUUGUAUAGCUGUACUAUAUUUCCUUGUACAUCUGUUAUUGUUUAAAUUGUUUUAAAGUUAUUUUUAAUCUGUAAAUGAAACGGAUAAAUGAACAGAUAUUUGAUGCCUAGCUUUUCCUGCUUUAGACAAAGUUAAUGUGCCUUAAUAAAUUACUUUGUCUAUUCGGA